AUGAAAGUCGAAAAGUAUUUAUUAUAUUUAAUAUUAUAUGGUCUAUGCAAGCAGAAAGCAAUAGCAGGAAGUGCGUUUCCAAGUACAGAUGACAUAUUUAGUAAAUUUUCAAGCCAAAACAUGCCAAAUGGCGCAACCAUGACUAAAACAACAUCUCAAAGCGAACAAAACAGUAGUAGUGAAAAAACCAUGAACAGUCAGAUGACGAAUGGUGUGUAUACAAGCGCCAACGCAACAGAAAAAAAUACACAGCAUAACAAACAAGCAAACAGUCAAGAGCAGGUGACAAACAACAAUGGAAAACAGGAGUUUACCUCAAGUGCAAGCUCUAAAGAACACCAGAGCGCUAAGGAGACAAAACUUUCAAUGGGUGUGCAAACCCCGCAGGCUUCCAGUAAUCAAGCAGCAAGCCAGGCAGCAAACCAAAAAUCAACAGCAAGUCAGUCAGCGAGUCAAGCAUCAACAGCAAGCCAGGCAGCAAGCCAAGCAGCAACAAAAAGCCAGGCAGUCAGUCAAAAAUCAACAGCAAACAAAGCAGCAGCAAGUCAAACAGCGAGUCAGGCAUCAACAGCAAGUCAGGCAGCGAGUCAAAAAUCAUCAAGCCAAGCAUCAACAGCAAGUCAGUCAGCAAGUCAAAAAUCAUCAAGCCAAGCAUCAACAGCAAGUCAACAGAAAAUAAAUCAGAUAAAUCAGUUAGGGCAAAAUCUCUCAGCAAAAUCUGAAAAGAGCGCUAAACUCCAACAGGUAAAUCAAGCAAACCAGGCAUCAUCAGCAAGUCAAUCUUCAAGUAAAACCGCGAGUCAAUCAGCAAGUCAAUCAAGUCAAAGUACAGGAAUGCAGCAAAGUAAAGCUGCAUCUGCUCAAAGAUCCGCACCUUCAUCAAGCCAAGCAGCUGCAGCUAGUCAUAGCGCAAGCAUGCAAAGCAGUAGCCAGAGCGCGAGCUCAAAGAAAUCUGAAGCGAGUUCGUCAUCAAAGCAAACAGCUGUAACUAGUGGCGGUAGCGGAGCGAGUAUGCAAAGCAG